AAGAAAGUGUGUACAAAACUAGAUCCGGAGAUCAUACGGCCUCAAGCAAGCCCGAGAUGGAGAAGAGGGGGGCGGGGAAGGGCGGAGAAGUGAAGAGAGCUGGGGUGGGAGAUGCAGAACAAAUUCCUUCCCACCAGAGUCACCAGUCUUCGGGGACUCCUGGGCGUACAGGCUCCGAGGGUCUUAGUCCUCCAGAAAGGUCUGCCCUUCGAGGAGAGAGAGGGUGGCAGCGCGGGCAAGGCAACAAAGCAUGGACGCGACGAACUCUAGAGAGUUGCCAGUCUGCUCCUUCUGACCUCAGGUCCUCGGCCAUCGCAUAUUGUCGCACAGAGAUGGAAAACAAACCUCAGGAAAGAAGGAACUUUUCCCCUAGCCCAGCCGGUGCGGGAAAGGGGAAGGUGUGCGGCAGCGGUGGCGCGAAACGGAGAGCUAGACCCGCAGCCCUGAGCGCGGGGACCGAUAACUUGCGGGUUCGGACGCCUGCCCUCGGUAGACCUGCAGACCCUGGAUCACAUAGCCCCAUUCAAAGUACAACGGAGAGAGGCGUCCUUAGGUUCCCAAUACCCCAAGAGCUAUCUAAUCUUCCUUCUUUGCUGCGGAGUCCAAACCCCGGCAGUUCGGGAUGUCUCUCCCCCUCCCCCCACCCCAACCCGAUCCAUUUCUGUAUAAAACCAAGUUAUCCUACAAGGGAUGCAACCACCAAGAGGGCCUUGGGAUGUAGGGGAACGAAGAGAAGGGGGCUGGUUCCUAUUUUGCAUUCGUGUGGACUGUCUCCUACGGAGUUUAUAGGAGUCUUUCAAAAUGGUCAGGCUCCCUCUCUUCAUCACGGGGUUGAGGGAAAGUGGGAGGAAGAUGAGGUUAUUUAAAGCUCAUUUGCUACCAGUACAAAAUGUUCCAGCUCUCCCUCUCCUGUCUCGGCGCGCCUCUGCCCAGCCUUUGAUAUUUAAGACCGGCAAGAUCUCCCAUGAAACUACCUGUUAAGGGAACGAGUGACACCGCAUUCUUAAGGGCUCGUCAUGUCUUAAAAAAAGAAAAGAAAAAAAGUCAAUCACAUUCUUUUGAGAGGGGGUUGUUCUUGAGGUGGCACCGGGAGGGUGCCCCGUGGGUGGGGAAGAGAAGCAGCAGAGGCAUGUAAGCACUGCUGUCCAUCAGCCGCCCAUCCAAACUGUCCCCAAUCCGUCCCCGCUCGGCUCCAUUCCUGAGCACCAGCCCGGACUAUCCUCGCUAGUUCGUACGGACAUUGGCCGCACUGAAGGGCACGAACAUGUCCCUAGAAUGCUAGCUUUGGGGGACGACUCGAGAUUCCUAGUUGACUUUGGCAGAGCGGGUUUCCUGACUUGACAAAAACCAAAACCAAAACCGCCUCCCCUAGUUAGGGCUUUCCUUCCUCAGCCCCGAGCCAGCUCCCCAAGCUUAAGAAGCCAGUCAGGUGAAUUGCUCGAGUUUGAAUUCAACUGUUUUCUUGACAUUUCGGAAAACUUCGAUCACGUUGUUCCUGAAGCUUAAUCUAUUAAUUUGUUAAAUCUAUCAUUUUGUGUCCUUAAAUACAAAGGAAAAAAAUCAUAGAGCUAUUGGGAGGGAGGGAGGAAGGAGUGGUACAAAUCUUAUUUUCAAUAUCGUUUUAUCCAGUUUCCUUUGAUAUUUUCACCUCGUACUUCGCAACAUUAUUUGUAUUAUUUUUGGUCCUGACUUAGGUUACGACAUAAUUUGCCAGUAGCUGAUGCAUUGGAUCUGGGUGGUUUAAAGCAAUAAAAUAAAAUAAAACCCUAGUCUGUGAAGACUAUCUGGACUAAAGCUUGAUCAUCAUUUUAGACAAAUGAUUAUGAAAUUUAUUGUAAUUAUGAUGUUGCUGAUUGCAAUAAAUGGAGAUCAUAUUUUAUGUUUUAUAAAAUACUUGCUGCACAACUCUUGUAUCCUUUUCAAAAAGAGGGUUUGGAGGUGAGGAGAAAGUGAUGGAAUUGUAAUUUAGGAAGGCUUUCCUUCAUCCAUGUUUUUUUCCUAAAGAAGUCUCCCCCGACCUGCUUCGUUAAUUCCCCUAUCACCACUAGCAAGGGACAGAUCUUCGGACUAGAACCUUGAGACUGGGGAGGGGGGGAGGAAGAAGGCGAGGGAGGGAAAGGGUCACAUUGGGCUGAAUAUAUUUUGUUUUCGAACUGAGUUCAAAGCUUUAUUUUUCAGCAUUUAUGCCUUGAUUAUAUCGAGUUACAGAAAAGGAUACCGAGAAACGAAAUACUACAUAAAUAUUAUGCAAUAAAAAAAGGUGUGGGAAGGAGGAAAGGGGAAAUGAGGGAGUCUUCUUUGGAGGGGAUACUCGUUUUGACAACGAGGGAAACAGUGUUCCGUUAGGGGAACAGGAUUGCCUGGAAGAAGAGCGUAUGAUCAGACGUGGCACCCAGUCCGCCUGUCGGACUGUAAUUCUGAAAUAAAUCAACUGUGGCUUGAAGCCCCCUUUCCUUUUCGGUCACUUGUGGCUUCCGUAUUUCACUUAGGUGACACUAUUCACCCCCGGGACGCCCCGUCUUUUUCUGCGUCCUGCAGUUUGGCUGUUCCUUUCCAGCGAUUUAAUAGGAUGAAAAAGUCAGCCUUUCCAGUGGGUUCAACUCUUCAAAUCCUCGACUGCAACAUUUCUUUUUCUAAUAACUAGAGCUAGAAGACGAAACAGUGUUUUUCUCGUUAUUUAUCUUCUACUCCUUUCUCUCCUCAGUCCCGAAUCGCAUCCCAGGGGCAAUCAGCACAAGGGAAACAAUGUAGCUUGUUGUAUACAUAACUUGCCCAAUAAAGAAAAAGGCACAGGUACUACACGCGCAAUGAAGGCAAGCCCAUGAAUUUUCCUUGCAAACCUUUAAACGGUUCUGAUAAACAAUAUGCCAAUUUUCUGUAUACAGGUGUCGUGAGACCCACCCAGGCAAAGUGUUUGGAGGUUUUGUUACUGUCGUUUUGCUUGUUAGUAAUAAUGUGUAAACUGUUCGGGUCUACGAAUAACAAUUCAUCUUGUAAUACAGUUUACAAAAGCCUGGGUAUCGGGUUUUGCAAAUCCCAUAGGUAGCUAGCUAGCUCACUCUGUUUAAAUCUCUGUCCCGGUGCUUGCAAGGAUGAUUCAGUACCAAGGAGACAGCACAGUACCUGUGCUUUGGGAAAUCGCAAUAUGCUGUAAUACACACAUACAUAUUUUAUUUCUCCUUUGCUGUGUUACAACAGACUGUGUCCAAAUAAAUUAGAUAUCUCAAAAUAUAAGCGCUUGCAGUCAAAACACACCUACCGUUUGAGGAAGGCACUAUGCUUGCUUUUGUAUGGAUGUGGGUGUGUGGACAUACCUCGCUCUAGUUAGGCGCACACACAUUUUUUUUUUUAACAUGUAUGGUUUGUCAUAUACGGAUGCCUUGCAUCUGUUUUACAUAUCCUAUUUUUAUGUCAGAAAUUCAGCCGACUACAUGUACUGGCAAGAUGUAAAAACUCAAGCCCGGCUGCUUGUAAUGCGAAAGAGUGGAGGGAAAGUGGAAACAUUCCUUACCAGCAGCUUUCAGCCUCUCAGGAACACGAGGCCUCGAUGAAAGGAUGUGCUGAGGAAAAUCACAGCUAAGGACCAGAGCAAAAAGUGAACAGCUUUUAAGAGGAAGAAAUCUCCAUUUACUUUAUUUUACUCUUUUUUUUUUUUUUAUCUUUAGAUCACCUUGGAUGGUCUCCCCUUAUCUUGAUAAGCCAGGAGUUCAUUGCACAAAAGUUCAUGAACCAGAAAUCCCAGAACUCAGGGAUCUCUUGCUAAUCAGCCUCAAUCUCAUGAUUUCUUAAGAAUCAUAUUCUUUUGGCCUUCUCCAGAAAACAGGUGUAUGCCUGAGAGCAUAGGAAUGACUCAAUGCUGCCCUUCGAUGGGAUAUUUCUCAUUCCUGAAAUAAGGGGAGAGACCAAGUGGUGUGCCAACCUAAGGAUAAUUGGGAGUGUUUGAUUGGUAAACGAGGUGCAGAGUAAGAUGGAUGUGGGUAAGCUAUCUUUGACUUGCCAUUUACUGAGUGAAUUUGGGUAAGCCAUGUUUACCUCUUUGCCUCAAUUUCCUCAACUGUAAAAAGUAGUAGUUGAACUGGAAAUGAGAUAAUAUAUAUAAAACUAAUUGCAUUAAUGUACCUAAUGCAAUACCUAAAAGUAUUGUUCAUAUUAAUGGAUAACAAUUAUUUUUCAUGAGGUUAAUAAGUAAAAUUAUGAUCAUAUUGGUGCUCAAAAUCUUGACAUCCUAUACUCAUGUACAUGGCAAAUCCUCCCAUAAUUUCGAUUUGUGAGGAAGAGGAGGCAACAUUCCAUCUGCCUUUACAUUGCUUUUCAUAAAGAUAAUUUUCAAUCAAUUUGAUAUCAACCAUGCCCCUAGAAAUAGUAUCAUUUACUAAGUACUCUAUCAUUUACUAAGUACUCUAUCUCAUAGGGUAAAAUACCCCUACUUACAUAUGCUCCUAAAAACAUUUUUUUUUUCCUUUUCUUUUGUACUUCUGAACCCUCCCAAAAUGUCUUGGGGUUUACUGGCUAGAUUUCUUUUUAAGGACCAUGCCUUAAAUCAAAACCAGUCAGUCUUCUUAUCAUUACCAUUACUAAUGGCACAAGUUACCACACAAGGUUCAUCUUCCUAAUCCAUACUUUCCCUCCCCACUAUACAGUGGGAAGGCAGACUUGAGAGUGGUUUUAAUUCUUAUCACUUAACUCUCUCUGAGCCUCAGUUUCCUUGUCAAUCACAGGAGAUAAUAAUACUGGUCAAACUGAGUUCUAGAAGGGUUUUCAAGGAUUAUUCAAUCCAAUUCCUUAUUUAUGAGGAAUCAGAAAUCUAGAGAAGAUGAAAGUGAGUUCCAAGAUUGAAACACAAGGAAGUGGCAGAAUCACAAACAAAUCGACCAGAUCUACCUUCUUUGCCACCUGCAUUCUCCCUACAUUAGAAAUCAUCCAGGAUAACUUUUAUUUUACAUGAGAGAGAAAACUCAAAGCUGAGGGAAGCUAUCAGUUCUUCAAGAUUGUAGGAAGCCAUGUCUCCUGAUUUCCAGUCCAUUGCUCUCAUUUCUUAGUCUGAACAUAAUUACAGCAGUGUAUAGGGGGGGGAAAAAGGAAGUAAGAGCAAUAAUACCUACCUUCAAAAGGUGAGAGAGAGGUGCUUCUCUCUGGAUUAGGCUGUCUCAGCACCUCUUGCGGCAUCAGGUGUUUUCCUAGUUCUGUCUAUAAUUCCUGGGUAAGUACUCUCUUUCCCAGUUCACUAGGGUUUGGUUUUUUCAUGUUUAUGUUUUUGUUUUUGUAAGCAUGGCUUUUCAAGCCCAAGUUUGCUCAGAUACAAAAUGAGAACAAUAAUAUUCUUACUACAUUGAUCUGAGGGUUUUUGUUAUGAUGCAUUUAAAUCCCAUAGAAAUGUGACCUAAUUAAUGAAAUUCAAAAUAGUCCACCCUUUAAUAUUUUAUGCCACCGUAGCUUGUUCCCCAGAAACAUUUGGGUUGGUCAAUAGUAUCUCUUUUGUACCUUCUACCCUAAACCUAGAAGUCCAAGAGCUCUUUACCUGCAGGCAGAAUAGACACUGUUCUGUAUCUAAAGUCAGAAUCUGGGUUCAAAUCUUACCUUUAACAUCCACUACCUGUGUCAACUUGGUCAAGUCAUUCAUCUCUGAGACUCAGGUCCCUCUUCUGAAAAAUGAGGGAGAGGUUAUACUAAAUGGUUUAUGAUGUCUGCAAUCUACUUUUUCUUAGAAAUACUGCUGACCUUGAGUUCAUGAGAGUUUAUUGUUUUUAAAUGUUUGGAAGGGAAAGGGUGGAGUUGAGGAUGUAUUUAUGGGGAGAGGGGAAGGUUUGUCAUAAAGUAUGAAAAGGAUAUGUGGUUUUGGGUGGUACAUGGUAUGCAUGAGUCCUUUCGAAUCAUACCUCAGCAAUUGUUGGUGGGUUCCUAUUUUUGCUCAUCAGUUUCUGUAGCAGCAAGCAAGAAGAAGUUGGUUGGGGAGGGUAGUUUCUUUGUCCCCAGAUGCCUACCUAUAUGAUCGAAUGAAUCAUUGCUUAAUAGCAUCAUACAAUCUCAGAAUUGGAAGGGAUCCCAGAGGUCAUGUAGUCUAACCUUGACACACAGCAUGACUCCUCUCUAUAAUAUCUCAACUGCUCAUCAUUUAGCAUACAGUAAAAACCACCAGAGAUGAGCAAACUCAUUACCUCCCUUAAAGCCUAUUCCAUUUUGG